GGACAACAUUGAAUGAUCCAUAGGAUGGAGAGGUAGAUCGGUACUACUAUCAACCGAGCGAUCUCGGUCCCAUCGACUAUGUAAGAUGCUACUACAUAUUAGUCCGAGGCAUACAUAACUAAGUAAAAUGCCUGAAGUGAAUUCCCCGCCUCCAUACCCGGCAAAGUGGACAUAUGGUCACUGGGGGUGGACUUAACCCUUUACGAAUAGUAAGGGUGGUUACUUGGUCGGUUUUCUUUUCUUGACUUACCGGUUGGUUGGAAGAUGCUACGUCUGAGGAAAAUAAAAUAAUAAUCAUUAUAGGGGGGAGGGAAACCUAACUUGAGCGUCCUGACAGAACUCCUGAUACUGGUUGUCUUUCUAAAGCGGCACACUUAGAUCUGACUUGCUUCCUAUCAAGAUGGCGGAAACAAAGCCGAAUAUCUCAUUCAUCGGCUUAGGGGCUAUGGGCUUCGGCAUGGCCACAAACUUGGUCAAGCGUGGAUAUAAAGUUACUGGUUUUGAUGUUUGGAAACCGACACUAGAGAAGUUCCGGGCGGCCGGCGGCAAUAUUGCAAACACGCCAGUAGAAGCUGUGAAAGACAACAACUAUUGUGUAUGCAUGGUGGCGACAGCUCAGCAGGCCCAGGCCGUGCUCAUCGACGGCGAGAAUCCGGCGCUCUCGGCAUUACCGAAAGGAGCUGUGCUUUUGCUCUGUUCGACUGUGCCAUGUGCGUACGUACAAAAUCUGGAGCGGCAACUCUCCGAGCUGGGACGGGGCGAUAUUAGAUUGAUCGACUCUCCGGUCUCGGGAGGCGCUGCGAGAGCGGCCGACGGUACAUUAUCCAUCAUGGCAGGGGGCUCAGACGAUGCUAUCGAGAAAGGCCGCUUUCUACUGCAGGUGAUGUCCGAUCCGAAAAAGCUAUACAUUGUCAAUGGGGGCGUCGGUGCUGGAAGCAACAUGAAAAUGUGUCACCAGGUACUCGCGGCCAACCAGAUCCUUGCCGCGAGUGAAGGGCUGGGCUUCGCCACUCAACUAGGUCUCGAUCCUCACUCCGCAAGCCAGGAGAUCCUAAGGUCCGAUGCGUGGGCGUGGAUGUUCGAAAACAGGCUCCCGAGAAUGCUCGACCCCGAGUUUAAGCCUGUUGCUAGCGCUUUGACUAUCAUCCUGAAGGAUACGGGCAUCAUCACCUCUGAAGCGAGGCGCUCUGGAUUUUCAACUCCUAUGACGAGUACUGCGGAGCAAGUUUACUUUUCCGGCCUUGGCCGUGGGUAUGGUCCCGAUGACGAUAGUAGUCUGAUUAGACUGUACACGGAAGGAAAAGGAAAGGUAGGACCGGUCAAGGGAGUGGCUGAAAGCGACGAGUCGAAGUUGAAGCUUGUCGUGGCAUUAUUGAAAGGGAUUUACCUCUGCUCUGCUGCGGAAACUAUCGCCUUUGCAAGUAGAUGCAACUUAGAUUUGGACCAGGUGUUUGACCUCUGCAUAAAUGCAGCCGGAGGAAGCACGAUGUUUCAGACGGUUGGGCCUGAAAUCAUUAAGCUCUGCCGCGGACAACCAUUGUCGAUAGGCGACGGUGAGGGUUUUAAGGAACUUGUGCAACAGUUGCAGGAGGCUGUUGAAGAGGCCCAGAGAUUAAAGACGCCAGUAUACCUUGGUAGCCAAGCACUCAUCUUGGCCCAACUUGCAGCGCAGCUUGCUUCGGAGGCAACUGAUCAUGUCUCGAGAGCUAUUAUUGCAAAAGUAUGGGGCCUUUGAAAUUGCCAGGGAGAUUAGCUAGAGUAAAUCUGUUUGGAGGUGAACUAUGAUAACGAUGUCAAAUAACCAUGAGUAAAGGAAGAAGAAAAAAGAAGAAGGGGGAGUUCGCGUAAAUAUAAAAAGAAUCUACGAUUAGGGAGGGAGAUAGAUCAUAAGACGAUCAUGAUACUUAUCAUAUCUUGGCACUUAUAAAUAUCAAGAGAAGGGCGACAGUCAUGUGAACGCAUUCGAUUAUUACCAAAUAGGAGACCU